CGAGGGGACAGCGGCGGCUCCGCGCUCCCGGCGGCUCCGCUCCGCUCGCCGGCUCAGGUCUUGCAUGCUGUGACACAAAGAUCUCACCGCCGGUGCGCUAUGUUCAUGUUUUGAAAUCAAGAUUGAUUAGCCAACACGAGAAGACCCAGCUGGUUAUGUGACUCAGAACCCUGUUCAUGAGGCACUUGCUCGUUUUUACAAGACAACUGUCCAGAGGAAGAAAUGACCAUGUAGAUUCUACAGCUUGGGUGCAACAUAAUGGGAAAUGGUGAAUGGAGUGGAGCUGGUCUGCAGCCUUGAGAGCAGCCGUUCUGUGACCUCCAGUCUGUCAGGGACACCCUCCACGCCAGGGGCAUCCUCCACGUCGCUCGCCGGACACACGCGGGAUUCUUUUUAAUUUCUCAGAUUUGGAAUUCGAGAUUCCUCUCCUUCAAUUUUUAAACAGUUUUAAGAUUGUAUCAACUACAACGAGUGGAGCAAUAUAACCAGCCACGAUGGGUGACAUGACAAACAGCGAUUUUUAUUCCAAGAACCAAAGAAAUGAGGCCAACCAUGCAGGAGAGUUUGGGUGCACACUGCAGGAACUGCGCUCCCUCAUGGAACUCCGAGGGACAGAAGCAGUAGUAAAAAUUAAAGAGACUUAUGGGGAAACAGAGGGGCUCUGCAGACAUCUGAAGACAUCACCGACAGAAGGAUUAGCUGGCACUGCUGCAGACCUAGAAAAAAGAAAGCUUAUUUUUGGAAAAAAUUUUAUACCUCCAAAGAAGCCAAAAACAUUCAUACAGCUAGUUUGGGAAGCGUUGCAGGACGUGACUCUUAUAAUCUUGGAAAUUGCAGCCAUCAUAUCUUUGGGGCUUUCCUUUUAUCAGCCACCUGGAGAAGGGAAUGAAGGGUGUGGUACUGCAACAGGAGGAGCUGAGGAUGAGGGGGAGGCCGAAGCUGGCUGGAUUGAAGGUGCUGCCAUCCUCCUGUCUGUCAUCUGUGUUGUCCUGGUCACUGCCUUCAACGACUGGAGCAAGGAGAAGCAGUUCCGGGGGCUGCAGAGCCGCAUCGAGCAGGAGCAGAAGUUCACCGUGGUGCGAGGGGGACAGGUCAUCCAGAUCCCCGUGGCAGAGAUCGUGGUUGGGGACAUUGCACAGGUCAAGUACGGGGACCUUCUACCUGCUGAUGGGAUAUUUAUUCAAGGAAAUGAUCUCAAAAUCGAUGAGAGCUCCUUGACUGGAGAGUCCGACCAGGUCCGCAAAUCCGUGGACAAGGACCCGAUGCUGCUGUCAGGCACCCAUGUCAUGGAAGGCUCUGGGCGGAUGCUGGUGACUGCUGUGGGGGUGAAUUCUCAGACUGGCAUCAUCUUCACUCUGCUGGGAGCUGGGGGAGAAGAGGAGGAGAAGAAAGACAAGAAAGAUUCUUCCCAUCCCUCCUCCCACCCUCCUCCAGCCACAGAUGGUGCAGCAGGUGCAAAUGCCACUGAUAAUGCAAAUGCCAGCUUAGUCAAUGGCAAGAUGCAGGAUGGGAAUAUGGAGAACAACCAGAACAAAGCCAAGCAGCAGGACGGGGCUGCUGCCAUGGAGAUGCAGCCGCUGAAGAGUGCAGAAGGGGGAGAGGGAGACGACAAGGACAAGAAGAAGUCCAACAUGCACAAGAAAGAAAAAUCCGUCCUGCAGGGAAAGCUGACCAAGCUGGCAGUGCAGAUUGGCAAAGCAGGUCUGGUGAUGUCUGCCAUCACUGUCAUCAUCUUGGUACUGUAUUUUGCCAUUGACACCUUUGUGGUCAACAAGAAGCAGUGGUUGCCUGAGUGCACUCCUGUCUACGUUCAGUAUUUUGUUAAAUUCUUCAUUAUUGGUGUUACUGUGCUCGUGGUUGCUGUUCCUGAGGGACUCCCACUUGCUGUCACUAUUUCUCUGGCUUAUUCUGUAAAGAAAAUGAUGAGGGACAACAACCUGGUGCGGCACCUGGACGCCUGCGAGACCAUGGGCAACGCCACGGCCAUCUGCUCGGACAAGACGGGCACGCUGACCACCAACCGCAUGACCGUGGUGCAGGCCUACGUGGGCGACGUCCACUACAAGGAGAUCCCCGACCCCGACUCCAUCCCUGCCAAAACCAUGGAGCUGCUGGUCAACGCGAUUGCCAUCAACAGUGCUUACACUACAAAAAUUCUGCCACCAGAAAAAGAGGGCGGGCUGCCUCGCCAGGUGGGCAACAAGACAGAGUGUGGGCUCCUGGGGUUUGUCCUGGAUCUGAAGCAGGAUUACGAGCCCGUCAGGAGCCUCAUCCCCGAGGAGAAGCUCUACAAAGUUUACACCUUCAACUCCGUGAGGAAGUCCAUGAGCACGGUCAUUAAAAUGCCAGAUGGCAGCUUCCGCAUGUACAGCAAAGGAGCCUCCGAGAUUGUUCUCAAGAAGUGUUCCAGAAUCCUCAACGCCGCUGGGGAACCGCGGAUCUUCAGGCCCCGCGACAGGGACGAGAUGGUGAAGAAAGUGAUUGAGCCCAUGGCCUGUGAUGGGCUGAGAACCAUCUGUGUGGCCUUCAGAGACUUCCCCAGCAGCCCCGAGCCUGACUGGGACAACGAGAACGACAUCUUAUCUGACCUGACUUGCAUCUGUGUCGUUGGCAUUGAAGACCCAGUAAGGCCAGAGGUGCCAGAAGCCAUCCGGAAGUGCCAGCGAGCCGGGAUCACCGUGCGCAUGGUCACCGGGGACAACAUCAACACUGCGCGUGCCAUCGCCAUCAAAUGUGGCAUCAUCCACCCCGGAGAGGACUUCCUCUGCCUCGAGGGGAAGGAGUUCAACAGGAGGAUCCGAAAUGAGAAGGGAGAGAUCGAGCAGGAGCGGAUUGACAAAAUCUGGCCAAAGCUCCGGGUGCUUGCUCGCUCUUCCCCCACGGACAAACACACUUUGGUGAAAGGUAUUAUUGACAGCACACAGGUGGAACAGAGGCAGGUGGUAGCAGUGACUGGGGAUGGAACCAACGAUGGACCAGCACUUAAAAAAGCUGAUGUUGGCUUUGCAAUGGGCAUUGCAGGCACGGACGUGGCCAAGGAGGCCUCGGACAUCAUCCUGACAGAUGACAACUUCAGCAGCAUUGUCAAGGCCGUCAUGUGGGGCCGCAACGUCUACGACAGCAUCUCCAAGUUCCUGCAGUUCCAGCUCACCGUCAAUAUUGUGGCCGUCAUCGUGGCCUUCACUGGCGCCUGCAUCACCCAGGACUCUCCCCUGAAGGCCGUGCAGAUGCUGUGGGUCAACCUGAUCAUGGACACGUUUGCCUCGCUGGCGCUGGCCACGGAGCCGCCAACCGAGGCGCUGCUGCUGCGCAAACCCUACGGCCGCAACAAGCCGCUCAUCUCCCGCACCAUGAUGAAGAACAUCCUGGGCCACGCCGUCUACCAGCUCACCCUCAUCUUCACCCUGCUCUUUGUCGGUGAGAAAAUGUUUAAGAUUGACAGUGGGAGGAACGCCCCUCUUCACUCUCCUCCUUCCGAGCACUACACCAUCAUCUUCAACACCUUUGUCAUGAUGCAGCUCUUCAACGAGAUCAACGCCCGCAAGAUCCACGGCGAGAGGAACGUCUUUGACGGCAUCUUCAGAAACCCCAUUUUCUGCACCAUUGUCCUGGGCACAUUCGCCAUUCAGAUAGUAAUUGUCCAGUUUGGAGGAAAACCAUUCAGCUGUUCUCCCCUGCAGCUGGACCAGUGGAUGUGGUGUGUAUUUAUUGGAUUAGGAGAGCUGGUGUGGGGUCAGGUCAUUGCAACCAUCCCAACAAGUAGGCUAAAGUUUUUAAAGGAGGCAGGGAGGCUCACUGAGAAGGAGGAGGUCCCUGAGGAAGAGCUCAAUGAAGAUGUUGAAGAAAUAGAUCAUGCAGAGAGAGAACUCCGACGUGGACAAAUCCUCUGGUUCCGAGGGCUCAACAGAAUCCAAACCCAGAUCCGCGUCGUGAAGGCAUUCCGUAGCUCUCUCUAUGAAGGUUUAGAAAAACCAGAAUCUAGAACCUCUAUUCACAACUUUAUGACUCAUCCUGAAUUUAGGAUAGAAGAUUCCCAGCCCCACAUCCCACUCAUUGAUGACACAGACCUAGAAGAAGACCCUGCUCUCAAGAAAAACUCGAGUCCACCGUCCUCGCUGAACAAGAACAACAGUGCUAUCGACAGUGGAAUCAAUCUUACAACUGAUACAAGUAAAUCAGCUACCUCUUCUAGUCCAGGAAGCCCAAUACAUAGCCUGGAGACAUCACUUUAGCUGAAAAGGUCACUGCAAAAAGGAAAAAAAAAAAAGAAAUAUAAAAAGUUAAAGUAAAAUAAAAUAAGAAACCCCACAGCAACCGAGAUAUAUAAAUAUAUAUAUUAAAAACAUUGCUGGCUGAAAAGCUGUUUGAACUCUUAUUCACUCUGAGACAAGUGAAUGAAUUGUUGAUCACAAUGGUUUUGGGGAAAGAAUGAAUGGCUGAUUUACAUACCCCCCAUUCCCUUUCAGAAAAACAAAAACAAAAAAAAAUCCUCCUGCAUGAAUGUACUGUACACUGCUGGCCCUUCUUUCUCUCUUUUUGUUUGUUUUUAUUUCCUUUUUGGGUUUUUUUUUUGUUUUGUUUUGUUUUUUUUUCCUCCUUAAGCAGGAACUGCAGAGGACUUCUUUCUGAGGCUAUUUAUCCAAUUCACUGGUCUGUGAGUUUUUGAAAUGCUUGUGUGGCAUGGACUCAAUUGUAUAGAUUAAUUUAAAUAACUUUUUUGAAGUUGCAAAGCUUAACUUGCACAGUAGAUUUGCACCAGUUGGACAGAGGAACUUAAACAUUUAUGAGACUAUAUAUAGAGAUAUAUACAUAUAAGUAUAUAGAUAAUUAAUUAUAUAUAUGUAUAUAUCUAUCUAUAUAUAUAUAGUUAUAUAUAUAUAAAGUUUCUUUGUUGGCAUGUUGCCUUGUUUCUGCUCAAAUUGCUCUGACUAUUUUAACUUAUUUAUGUCCUAAAAAAAGAAUGUAAUUUGUUUACAAACCUGUAGAUAAUAUCCUUAACUAUUUGUAGGGUUAAGAAAGCACUUCCUGCCGAAGUAGUAUAAAAAUGGCUCAGCUCAGCUCAUUGAAAAUGUCUGUACUCUCGCACCCUGGAUAUUUUAUUACAACCGUGCUCUGAUUUCUGCCUGAUUUCUUUUUUGGGGUUUUUUGGUUUUGUUUUUUUUUUUGUUUUUUUUUUUUGGUCUUUUUUUUUUUUUUUUGUUAAUAAUGUAGAUACUGCUAGUAAAUAACAAAAGAAGCCAAAAUAUAACACAUUGGAUGUAGCAUUGUGAUCCUAUAUACAGGGAGGUAAACCAGGCUUCCUUUGUUUCAAAUAAAAAUCAAAAUGAUCAGGUUCUCUCCUUUUAUUUUUUUCCUUUCUUCCCUCUGAUAAUCUGCUUGAACUCGUUUUGGUGCAACAUACAAUAAUGGAGGCUAUUUCAUUCUUCAGACAUACAGCAAUGGCUUCGGAAACUAUUUUUAGAGAGACAUUAAAUGAAUUUAUAAUUUAAAAUAAGUUAUAUUUGGUUUGUCUAUAUGGAGAUAAAAGAAAUGUUAAAAUCUUGUGAUAUACUGUGUUAAUCCUUUUCAAUUAGUACUUUAGGCAUUUAUUUCCUUAUUAUUUGCAAAGUAUGGGCUGUUGGCAUUUUGGAUGAAAAUCACUGUAGGUUGUUGCUUUGAUUUUUUUAAAGAAAAAUCUAAUUUCUGCACUAUUAGGACUGAACGAAUCUUUAUUAAUUGUGUAUUGAGAUGUGCUUUGUGUGAUUCUUUUUUUUAAUCAAGCUUGUGUUCCUGCAGUAACACAGUAAUACAUUAUUUUACCUUGAGCUUUCUACCAAGAAAGCUGCUUUGAAAACCUGCAGUAUGGAAGGCGACAAACAUUUUUCAAGAUGGUAACAGCCCUAAAAACAUAAAAAUUAUGAGCUUAUACAAUUGCUAUGUCAACCACUUGAAUGCUAAGCACUUUGUGGAUCACAGAUUUUUCAUAAAUAAUUUUUGUAUUUAAUAUAAAGUUUGCUUGGAGACUUUUCAGCAUAUGAUUUUUUCCAUAACUGUACAGUGCAAAAGACAUUUGGAGUUACACAAUCGAUUAUGCCAGGCGUGUUGGAACAAAACACCCUCCAACCAUCUCGAUCUGUUGAGUUGUUAAGGUGUUUUUCUGGUUGUCCUAAAGUUGGCUCCAUACAGUGGUGCAUCUCUGCAGUCACAGCAGCUUAACCAAGCCAGAACUCUCCAAACCGAGCUUAGACUCAUGGCCAAACUGCAGACUGAACCCCGAUGUUUUCAGGGUGCAUCAGGACUCUCAGCCAGGUAAAGCUCUGAGCGGUUUCCCUUGCCAGCUGCCGGACUCUGGGCUGGGAGCUCCGCUGGCUGCGGCUCACCCUGAGCCCUGAGGUGCAGGCAGGGUGCCCAGGUGAGCAGAGGCACCUGGCAGGAGCCCCAGCUGUGGCAGCUGGCCCCAGGGGCGCCCAGGCAGGAAGGUGCUCUGUACCUGGGGGUUCCCCUGUACACCACGGAUUGGCUCCCUGGGGCCCGUGGGCAUCUCUGGCCAGAAGACAAAAGUGGUAUCUAUUGACAGGGAAGCCUCUAGCUUUGGACUUGAACAUCUACAGAAGCUAUUAAUACUGGAACAGUUUCUUUUCAGCAUCUUAACACACUGACUGUUUGCCUUUUUGUUUUCCAACACUCUCCAUAUUUUUUCUCGGUUCCAUUUCGUGUUUUUUUAAUUUUUGAAUUUUUUUCCUGUAGGAGUACCCCCUCCCUAAGGUACCAUUUGCAGACUUGAAAACUGUUAAGAAAAUGAACACUGCAUUCUGUGUAUAUAUAGUAAAACAUAUAUAAACUGAGAUGCAUAGAAAACUUGGGCUUUUGUGAGCAGAGACUGUGCUUUAUGUAUAUGAUAAAUGAUAGACUUUUUUUUUUUUUUUUUAAGCAGAAUAGCUAUGACCUUUCAACUACAAGUCGUGCAUCACAAUUCCUUUCUUUUUUUGCUUGACCUCUCUGUGAUGGGAACAAUGGAUCAAAAACCAAAAUGAUCAGUUUGUUAAAAUUCCCUGCAAUAUAUAAAUGCUCGCUCUCUACGUACUGUACUUAGCAGCAUGAGAUUUGUGGACAACAAUACAGUGGUACAUUGGCAAUCCAUCCCACUAGGGGUUAUUAAUAUAUGUUCAUUCAUCUGUUUUUAUGAAUUUUUUUAUCUAGACAAUAAUUGUAAAUAAAGAACUUACUCUGUCUGUUCAUUUAAUACUAUGCAAAAGGUUAUGCUUUCUAUUGUUAUUCUUAUUCCUACAGUGUGAUGCUGGAAUGUUUGUGGUUUCAAAAAAAAAACAAACAAAAAAGACAAAAGUAAGUAAAAUAUGUGAUGUAAAUUAUUUUAUAGUUUGAAACAAAAUGAUAAAAGAUUUACUCUUGCUGCUUUCUGUCUAAUAGAUCUCUCUUGGCAGGAGCACAAGUGGAAAAUUUAAAGAAAUAAAUUCACAAAGCAGCAUGAACAAUAA